AUGACGUCCAGCAACAUUGCAUAUUCGGCGACGCUUAGUCCAACUUCCGAGUCUGGCCUCAGUUCUCACCACAAUCUUCUCUCGAGCUCCAUCAGCUCACUGUCGUCCUCGACGUUGACUCGGCCGACACCCAACUACAUCUCCAAGACAUACCGCCAAGCCUCGCAGCUCUUUCUCACACGUCGCCUUCCCGAGGCGCUCUCUACAAUCCAGCCGCUUGUCACGCCACCUCCGCCAGAGGACGGGGCAGGUGACGCGCCCGAGCCGGCACCGAUCGCGAGAGCUAGCAGAUCCACGCGAAUCAAGGUCUGGAGCUUGUACCUGACAGUUCUCAAUGCAGUAUUGGAACUUGAGCCCAAUGAGGGAAAGGAAGCCUUUGGUGCUCAAGACUGGAGAGCACUGUGCACCAAGGUACGAGAUGGCGGUAUCUGGGAAGAGGUUGUGCGGAAUGGUUACCAUGGUGUUGAAGGGGACGUGGACUCGGACGUUGUGAUAAACCUCGCAACGUUAUUGCUCGCGCACGCACACUCACAAACGCUGAAUCAGAAGAGACUAGAGAGCUACCUGGCUGCUUCACAAGAGCCCAACCUAGAUCUGGCACAACGCUUGGAAGCGUCGCAGUCACCGCGCGAACACAAACGGAAAGGGUCUCACGCAAAAGCUCGGAGGGCAACUAGUGGUGCCGAUACGCCGCGGGAUCUGAACUCGAGGGUCAAAAUUCUAGAGCUUUACACGCUGCAUGUCUUGUUGCGAAAUAACGAAUGGGAUUACGCUCGGGAAUUUAUCAGUGUCUCGUCAGUUUUGGACGAGGAGCGUAGAGACGCCUUUUUGCAAGCAUUGCAAAGUUUGCAAGAAGAACAGCAAGAGCAAGAACGCCGAGACCGGGAGGAAAAGCAAAGGCAAGACGAUCAGUUGAGACAAGAUUUGGAAGAGGCCAGGAGGUAUAGAGCCGAAAACGAAGCAAGGGAAAGAAAAAGAAUAGAAGAGGAACGCGCGAGGCGUGAAGGAAGCGAGAUCGAUUAUGGCAUCGAGAGCACACCCAGCGUCGGUGGUUCCAGCAAAGGUAGACGCACACGGGCGCAGUCUUCCGCGUUAUCAAAGCCAAAGCCGCCUGCCAAAGGAAAGGCGGUUAAAUCUCCCACUUUUAGUGCCAGGGCGUCGAUGGUUUUCGCAAAUCUGAGAGCGGUCCUGGAGCAGAUGGGGGCGUCGCUCAAGACAAACCCAAUGAUGCUGAUGAGAUUCAUUGCCUUCCUCCUGGGAUUAAUAGUAAUGUUUGGCAACCAAAGAAUCCGGGAGAGGAUCACUCGAGUCCUAGGAACCGGAUGGAACAAGGUAAAGGCCACCGCAGGCAUGGGCGUCAAGGUCAGUUAUAUCUGA